AUGUUGUGUCUGUGCGCGGUGACGCUGGUUUGGUGGAUGCGGCUCUGCAGUGCGGACAAACAGGCUGGAGCCGGAGAACCCGACUGCCACAAAACCGCCUCUGUGACAGCCGGCCCGGGUCCACCUCACACGGGUUUAUGCAUCUGCUUCUGUCCCGGGUUUGACUCCCGGAUCCCGGUCCUGCAGGAGGUGGACCAGCCCGCAUCGUCCCAUCUUCCUCCUCCUCCUCUUCCUCCUCCACCUUAUCUGCAGAGAACCGGAGGAGGACCAGGGCUGCAGGCUAACACAGGAACAGGAAGGGUUUUGUCCCGCUCAGGAUUUGUUGUAAGCCGUCAGGUUUUCCGGGAGCUCAGAACUAUGAUAAAUGGCUCUUUUAAGCUGGGAGCUGCUCGAGUUCUGUCUGGCUGGCAGAUGCAGUGCCUAGUCCCCGGCUUCCAGGACAACGCCAACAUGAACGGGACGUCCGAGCAGGCCGACAUCCUGCCGCCCAACUGCAUGGUCAAAGACCGAUGGAAAGUGCUGAAGAAGAUCGGUGGAGGUGGGUUCGGGGAGAUCUACGAGGCCUUGGACCUGCUGACGCGGGAGAACGUGGCGCUGAAGGUGGAGUCGGCCCAGCAGCCCAAACAGGUGCUGAAGAUGGAGGUGGCGGUGCUGAAGAAGCUGCAGGGUGAGAGUCCAAAAACACACUUUUUAAAACAUGGCUCAGGCCCGCUUCUGGAUCAGGACUCGGUCGGUCUGGAUCAGGACUCGGUCAGUCUGGAUCAGGACUCGGUCAGUCUGGAUCAGGACUCGGUCGGUCUGGAUCAGGACUCGGUCGGUCUGGAUCAGGACUCACUCGGUCUGGAUCAGGACUCGGUCAGUCUGGAUCAGGACUCGGUCGGUCUGGAUCAGGACUCGGUCGGUCUGGAUUCAGGACUCGUCGGUCUGGAUCAGGACUCGGUCAGUCUGGAUCAGGACUCGGUCGGUCUGGAUUAG